AUGACAAUGACAAUUCAAAGUUCAUAUACUAGUGUAGAGCUUACCCUACAGUUCGUGUUUAUAUCUUCUUGCGAUCUUUCCAACCAUACCAUUCAUUUUGUAUACAGACAUUCAUUGUUAGCUCAUGUCGACGUUUUCAUAUCAUUCAAUUCUUCUCAAGAACUUUCAUUGUUAGCUCAUGUCGACGUUUUCAUAUCAUUUAUGGACUUUCUUGUUUCAUUCAUUGUUCGUGUUUAUGUCUUCUUGCGAUCUUUCCAACCAUUCAUUUUGUAUACAGACUUUCAGUUGAUGUCAUCAAGACACUUUGUUUUAGCAAAACUUUUUGGUAUCAAAACAAUUUUUUUGAUUAAACGUUUCCUAAUGACCUAUCAUGCAUAUAAACUCACGCUAUUGCUUGACCUCGUCUUAUUAAGAGUAAUGCGCUAUCGAUCAGAAAUGCAACAACAUGUUAAGCCUAGCAAAAGUGAUUGGGAUCUACUUAACCAGAUAUUUAGUUUAGAAUAUGAAUUAAUAGACAACAAUUCUGAUCAAUCUAAAAAAUCAACAACAGAUAAUCCAUUUACAUAUUAUUCAAAUAAGUUUAAUAUCAACCCACGUUGGGUUUCAAUUAGCAUAAUCAUACCAAAAAGUUCCAAAAUUUUCUUUAAUUGUAUUCAAAGUCAUUUAGACACAGGCAAACACCAACAAAUAGCAACCCAGCAACAACAACAACAAAUUACAAAUAUAGUUAGAGCAGUAAUAGAACCAAUCUCGACACAAGACGACCCACUUCUCAAAAAUAAUACCACUAGCGGUACAAUAUAUAACAUCGCUUUAUCCGAUAUUAGCAGAAGCCAGGAAGUUAUCAUCAGUUCAGCUCAAUUAUCAACACAACAAACAACAACCAAAUCAAUAUCAAUAUCAAUUCAAUAUCUUUUAUCAAUGACCUUCAGACCAAGCUCAACCAGUCAGAGACUAACAUCAAUGACCUUAAAACCAAGCUCAACCAGUCAGAGACUAACGCCAAUGAUCUUCAGACCAAGCUCAACCAGUCAGAGAUAG